AAUCGCUGCUAUCAUUCAGGCCAAACAAAUCGGUGUCGCGCCUGUCAGAGCUCGAACUUAUGGCCACAUAGAAGAGUGGCUGCUUUUGAUUGGUCCUGUUCCAUGAUGGCCAGGACUGCAGAAUUACCCGUUUGAGAAACUGGUCGAUUCGCAUCAAUGUGCUGGUUUUGAUGAUGAUUUUUGGAAGAAAAUUAUGGCUGCGGCAGGCAGAGCAAUCCGCUUGGAAAAACUGAGCUAUUUAAACAGCUCCAUUGCCGGCUGAGUCGAUUCACUCCCGAACAACAGAUAAACAACCGCAAGAGCAACAAUGGCCGUCCUCAAAAGCAUCACCCUGACUUCCCUGGCCCUCGCUAUUGGCGCCACCGCUCAGUCCGCCAACCCAGGUGUCGGUAAAAAUCCAAAGGCGCAAGGUGCAACAGAAAAUGUCACCCCAAGCACCGGCCCAAACGGAUCUGAAGACUGGCUCAACACCGGCAUCACUACCAACGGCUGGAACCCUCCCUUCCUCUCCAUUGACAACGUCUACACCAUCAGCCUCCAAGACUUCUACAACGGCAUUGGUUCCGCCUGCGCCCAGUACGACAGCUACUUCCAAAGCAGCGCAUCCAAGUACGAUGUCAACCCGGUCGUUCUCGCCGUCAUCGCUAUGCAAGAGUCCUCCUGCAAUGCCAACGCCGGGGGUCCCACACCAGGGCUGAUGCAGGUCUCGUGUGACAAUUACCCGAAUGGCCAGUGUACGGAUAGUAUCCAGGAUAACGUGGACGCUGGAACGCACUAUCUCAAGUCGCAGCUUGAUGCGUCGGGUGGGAACGCGAUUAAGGCGCUGGGUUCAUACAAUGGGUGGUUUACUGCCGGGAGCGGGCUUAAUGGGAACAGAGGGUUGACGGAGGACUACCCCUGCUCGGCUGAGGGUAAGGCGCAUGGUAUGCCUCAGAAUCUGGAUUACUUGCACCAGGUGCUUAAUGGGUGGAUGAUGGGGUUGGAUGUUUAUGGAGAGGAUAACUGGAUUGGUACUUAUCACUGUGAUCAGUCGUGCAGUGAUGGCAGUUUAUGCUAGGAGGCUUAGCGACGUCUAUAG